UGCCGUAAUCGAUCAGUACUUGGGUGAUUACCUUACAAUCACCAGCUACCAGAGGCCCAACUUCGUAUAUGCUCAGCAAUCUGCUAUAACCGAAGGCAUCAAAAUCUACACAGCUUACGCCAACAACAUUCACCUUAGAUUUGGCCAGCACCUUCGACGUGCCGUCAACGCAUUACUUCGUAUACGGCAACGAACAGCAGAUUUGAGACGAGAUUUGUCUGCACAAGCGCAGACAUUCAAGCAGGCUAUUUCGCAGCAACCUAUAGAUAUGGAACAAAUCCUUCAAGAACCUAUUUAUAUGGAAGCUCUUAACACUCUUCGGCCUGUUUUUGAUGCUUAUGAUAGAGGCUACAACUUUGGCGAACAGGGACUUUACUAUGAUGUCAAGCGUAACCCUGUCAACCACUUUAAGGCCAUCUAUCAGCUCUCUCGUCUCUUUGUACAUCUUGGUUUGUCCGUCUUCAAUUGUUUUCCUCUCCGGCGCUCAUGGUCUCCUUGUUACGUUACUAUCGACAGCAAGAUUCUCUGCCAAAACAUCCUGGGAAUUCGAUGGUCUAAUGCUGUCGAUAAACUGGACUACUGGCGCCGAGUUGUCAACCUUGAUUCAAAAGCUCUCAAGCCGCAAGAAGGUAGACAACUUAGAUUCCGUGGCACUAUUCAAACUGAUGGCGUUGGUGUCACGGUUCUCAAGAAGAGGUUCGACAGGCAAAAAAGAUACACGGCAAGGUUCACAGUGGAGUAUAAAGCUACCUCCUACAUCACCAAUCUAACUCGUCGAAAUCAUCAAGAGAUUUCUGGUCGAUGCGUCGCUGUGGACCCAGGAAGAAGAGAUAUGUUGUAUUUUGUACAUGAAAACUCUACACCAGAGCAACCAGUGAAAUUUCGGUACACUAAACAACAGCAAGACAAGACGUGGAAAACCAAAAAGUACCGUCGAAUCUUGCAAGAUCUCAAAGCCCAGGAUCCUGAUGUCGUUCAAGCUGAGCAAGCCCUUUCUCAACAGCCAAGCAGCACCGUAUCCGUAGAAGACUUUGGCCGCUUCCUUCAAGCCAGAUCUGAACAGUCUGCCGUUCUUAGUCGAUUCUAUGGACAUACCAUCACAAACCAUGAUAAUGGAUACCCCCUCUUUCGCAAGAUCCGUCUUUCAGCAUACUUCAACAGACAACGUGCCGAUCAAAAGCUUAUUCAAGAUUUACGCGCCAAGUUGGAGAAGACGCCGUGUUUGUGAUGGGAAACUGGUCCGCUCCCCAUGCUAGGUAUCGUGAGCACAUCCGUGGCCUUGGUUUCCGAAGACUCCUCAAGAAACAUGGGUUCCAAGUCUAUCUUAUAGACGAGUACAAGACCAGUAGGUGCUGUCUAACAUGCCACAACGAGAGCCUCCACACGUUCCGUCGUGUUCCAAAUCCAUGACCGUAUCAACGUGAGCGAUAUCCUACUGUUGUCUGCCAUGGCCUUUUAAGGUAAUAGUACAUGAACCACUUGUAUGA